GUCACUUGCUUAGGCGCGCCGAGGGCAGUCUUUGUGGGGUCCUCGUAGCCAGCCAAGAUGGCUGCCCCCGCAGUGAAGGUUUCCCGAGGUUGGUCGGGCCUGGCGCCGAUCGUGCGGCGGGCUGUCUGGCAGCAUCCAGGGCUAACUCAGGUGAGGUGGAGCCGCUAUAGUGCUGAAUUCAAGGAUCCCCUGAUAGACAAGGAACAUUAUCGCAAGCCUGUGGAGAAGCUAACUGAGGAGGAAAAGUAUGAUCGGGAACUCAAGAAGACUCAGCUCAUCAAAGCUGCUCCAGCAGCGAAAACAAGUUCUGUGUUUGAAGACCCAGUCGUCAGUAAAUUCACCAACAUGAUGAUGAAAGGAGGAAACAAAAUACUGGCCAGAUCCCUCAUGACUCAGACUCUGGAAUCUGUGAAAAGGAAGCAGUUUGAGAAGUACCAUGCCGCUUCUGCAGAGGAACAGGCAACCAUUGAACGGAACCCCUACAUCAUCUUCCACCAAGCACUGAGAAACUGUGAACCUAUGAUUGGGCUGGUACCGAUCCUCAGAGGAGGCCGUAUAUAUCAGGUUCCUACAUCCCUACCAGACCGACGUCGCCGCUUCCUGGCCAUGAAGUGGAUGAUCACUGAGUGCCGGGAGAACAAGCAUCGGCGGAUGCUGAUGCCGGAGAAACUGUCACAUGAGCUGCUGGAGGCUUUUCAUAACCAGGGCCCCGUGAUCAAGAGGAAGCACGACAUGCACAAGAUGGCUGAGGCCAACCGUGCCCUGGCCCACUACCGCUGGUGGUAGAGGCUCCAGGAGCCCAGGGGCUCUGCCGCAAGCAACAGUGUGAGCCACUGCAUACUGUAAAAUAUCUGUGAUUAAAGAUGUAGCUGCUUUGUAAGGGUGGGCAAGCCUCAGAAGAAAGAUAGAGCAGCACAUUUACUGUCCAGGAAUCCUUUCUUUGAGGCUAGAACUUGCUCUCUCUGCCCCCAUUGCCUUGUAAAGAUCCCUCACUGACUUGGGGAUUUCAUGCAGGAAACUCAGGUCCCCAGUCUUCUCUUCCCUCAGCUUGAGGUGGACUUUUGGAUAUAAAAGGAAGCAGUUUUAGUAUCAGCAAAGAUUUAUUGGAAAAUUCUCACGCUGACCUGGUAUAGCAUGUGGUGCAGUGCCAGCAUUCAUUGAAACUCGCUGGAGGAAAUAGGCUUGUUUCCCGAGUUGUCCUUGUACAAAAUGUAUAAAAAGUAGUUUCUGGUGUGA